AUGGCAACGAAUAGUCCAUCAACGCUUGAGCAUAGGGAUGUCGUAUCUUCGUUCAUCUUCCAUUUCCCACCAAGUCAACCGAACGAGCCUGUCGUUGCACUCUUUCGUCGCAGCGACAAGGUAAACACCUACAAACACCAUCUAGCUCCCAUCUCCGGCACCAUCAGUCGCAAAGACAAGGAUCCCCUCACAGCCGCCUGGCGCGAGCUCCAAGAAGAAACGACCCUGACCCCGUCGUCUCUAUCCCUCUGGCGAACCGGUAAACCGUUUACCUUCAGCGAUCCGUCCGUCAACCGAGAAUGGACGAUCCACCCGUUCGCUUUCCGACUCGCCGAUGCCGAAAGCGCCAUUAAGAUUGACUGGGAGCACGAGGGAUGGGAAUGGCACGACCCGCGAGCGGUGUCGGACGAUGAAAGCUUCGGAGGAGUCCCCCGACUCAUGGAAUCCCUCCAUCGAGUCUGGUUCGAAGGCUCGCUCAACCCGCGAGCCGGGAAGGCCCUGGCGACCGGCCUGGAACGACUGCGAUCGGACCACGAAAGCGGCGCGAACGAGCUGACAGCUAUCGCAUUGGCCGUGUUCCGCGAUUUUAUCAUGCACACGCGCAACGGACUCGACGAGAGCUGGUGGAGCUCGGUGCGGAUGGUCGCCUGGCACUUGGUCAAAAAUGGGCGCGAGAGUAUGGCUGCGGCGAUCCUGAACGCCGUCUUAUCGGUGCUGACCGAGAUGGAGGACGUCGUGAGUCAGAAAACGGAUCAGGAGCUGAAGUGGGAUCGGAUCCUCGCGAUGAUGGACUUCCAGGUGACGAGACGUACCGCGAAUACGGGACGAAUCAUGGAGUCUUUCACGGAGUACCUGAGGUCGAAGUUUCUGGCUGACGGGAAGAGAGAGCAGAUCACUAUUCUCACCAUGUCGGCUAGCUCGACGAUUCGAGACAGUAUUCUGAAUGCCUUCGCAGCGCUUGAUGUUCACACCCUUGAGCUCCGGGUCCUGGAGUCCCGACCGCUCUUCGAAGGCGCCAGCAUUGCCUCCUCGGUCCUCUGUCAAUUCAAGUCCCAAUUCGAAGGUACUGACAAACAACUCAACAUCAAAGUCUACACCGACGCAUCGGCCGCUCUGGCUGCACAAGAUGCGGAGAUCCUUCUCCUCGGCGCCGACCGGAUCUCCGCACGUAAAGGCGUCAGCAACAAAACCGGCUCUUUGCCCGUCGUCCUCAGCGUGAAGCACAUCACCUCAAAGGCUCAAGUGGUCGUGCUCAGCGGCCUCGAGAAGAUCAACGGGACAUGCGGUCUAAUCGAUGACGAUACACACGAAGACAACGGACCGAGAGAGGUGGUUCAUACUUGGAAAAACGACGGCAUCAAGGGCAUGAAGAUUCUUCAAGACGGGAUGGACCGCAAUGUCGUCGAGGUAAAGAACGUGUACUUCGAAUGGGUGCCAUCCAGUCUGGUUGAUGCCUUUGUCUGUGAGGAUGGGAUCCUGGAUGUCGAGACCAUACGGGAAAAGUCGACGCAGUUGGGGAUGUUGGCGGAUCGAUAUUUCGGGGAUCUUUAG